UCAGUCUCUAGCCGAACUAACUCAACGCUAGUUGGGGGCGCCUGUCAUUGUGUCUGUGUAUUUUUUUUUCUCUUCAGCGUGGUUUGAUUGGAAUUUCAAUCAACUUUCAGCAUUUUCCCUCUCCCUGUCUUAGUGAUUUCUGCAACGGCUUUUUCCUUUUUUUUUCCUGGUUGUAUUGUGUACGUCUUGUUCAUGUCGGCUUUCCCCCCUUGGAGCUAGCAAACUCAAAAAAAAAGAGAAAAAAAAAAGAAGUGUUAUUUCAUGGCUUGGCGAAGGCGUAUUUACUCCCCCCUGAGCAAAAUAGUGUCUGUGCAAGUGUGUGUCUUUUAAGGUAUUUUGCAUUUGCCAUUUGGGAGUGUGUGUACUCCAACCUUUGAUCACAAAACUUGCCAACUGUGUGCGUGUGUCUGCCAGCAACCCUCGAGUAUCGAUUUGUUCUUCCAAAGGGUGGGGUUGCUAGCUUUUUGAGCCGGUUGUUGGGACUGUACACAACAAUUGCCUAAGGAGCGACUCGUUUUUUUUUUUUCGCAAUUUAAGUCUUCGUCGUAAUGCCUGUCACGAAUGCAAAUCAAAUCUAAAGUGACAGAUGUUAACGUCAUGGCUGCUAGGUAAUGGCGAACUCAUGCUCAACGAGUAGACAAGCAACAACGAUCCAGCUGUGAUAUCAACAAAGUAACUCCGCUGCUGCCAUGGAGACGAUUGGCGUGAUUGAAGCAGUGCGUCCUCGAUUGGAAGCCACGACACGACAGGCUGCACCUUUACCUGCUGUUCAUCUCCACACUCCUUCGCAGAGUCCCAUUUCCACACCGAAGUUUGGCCACCAACGAAAUUUGAGUUUGGACUUUCGCUCAAUGGGCAUCAUCCUUCCUCCAUUGUCUGCCACCAUUCAGCCACACAACGGAUCGAGACAUCAGAGAAAUCGGAGUUUAGACUCUGUGUUACAAAAGAUUCCGGAAUCCGAGUCUGACGGACCUGUCUCGGCCGCCACAGGAGACGGCCUUCAUCAUCAUCCCCAUCACGGAUCUGUCGAUCAAGCCGGUCUUCCUCAUCACGGGCAUCCACCACUGAAACCAUCUCUGUCGUUAUCUCUCGAUCCGUGCAGUAAUCUGUUCCGCUUUAAAGACACGCGAAGGGAAAAAUUUGGCAGCGUUUGUGGUAGAGCUGAGCCGGUUGUUCAAUCGGGUCGUUUGCCGGAUUCUGCUUCCUCCAGCCCCGUGCUGACCGCUCGUUUGACUGAAUUGCGGACGAGUGUGCUCAUUGCCCAAGUUCCGAUCACGACCGCCAGCUCAUCGCCUAAUUUCGAUCAAUCAAGUCUCGGCUCGGAUGAUUCUGGUAUUUGCUGCUCGGCCAGUGGUGGUGAAAAACUGCGCCUGACUCGCAGCGCUGACUACCUCGAGGACGAUGACGCCAUGAUGCAGUUUGACGAGUCUAAAAGCCUCGAGUCUGACGAAAUGGAAUUCUCACCCGAAACACCGGCUACUUCCCAUCUGGAAGCAGAUGCAUCGCGUGUUUCAGAAGACGAAACAAAUGCAGAUCAUUCAAAGUCGUCUGCUGUAGCCACUAAGACGAGCGAAGAUGGCGCAGGAGGGAAACAAUCUUUAUUACUACGUUGGUUCGAGUCCAAGCUGUUUGAUAUGUCGUAUGCCGUCAUGUAUCUUUUUAACUCGAAAGAGUCGGGAGUUCAGACGUAUAUCGGCAAUCGCAUCUUUAGCUAUCCACCGCGUGAUGUGGAUUUUUAUCUACAGCAACUCGUCAACAUGUACAUCCACAUGCAUGAUGUGGCCGAAGUCGUCCAUCCCUAUUUGGUUCAUCGGUGUCGUGAAUCGGUUGAUUUCUCGCUUCAGUGCGCUUGGCUGCUGGAUGCGUAUUCGUCGGAUGCCUCGUUGCCUACUCAGAAAAAGUCGCAUGGAACCAAGCUCAAAAAUCUGAUUUUGUCUGAAGAACUACGUCCCGUCCCCGUAGCAUCGACUGCCAAACCGGCUAGGACCAGUAAAGCUCAUCUUACGGUCAAAAUUGCCCCACUCUCGACCAAGGCUGCACAUCUACAUUCAUUUGAAAAGGAGAACGUGACAAACUUACCGCUUCAACUGGCCAAGAAAACACACCAGCGUUCCCGCAGUGACGCGACCGUGAUGAUGAAACUGGGCCAUCGUCGAACACCGUCAAGUGGUAGCACUAAAAACUGCAUCGGUGAUUUGCAAUCGGGUCGUGCCUUUGAUAAUGGAUGCACUUGCUUCGAUGCCCAAAGUGCUGAAUUUGCUCGUAAAACAACCUGCGUUUGUCUCGCUCCACGUCUCCUUCCACAGCUCGAAUUUAUUAAAGCACUGAUUAAUAUUGGCAAGCGGCUUGGAGCUCAACAAAGCAAAGAGGAGAAGACUAGUCGAUUAGUGGCGGAGCUACGGACGCUGAAUCUCAACCUACCGGCUCGCGUCUGGCUGCCCAUUCACGCCGAUGCGCCUCAUUUAGUGGUGCGCAUCCCACCAGAAUCGGCAGUCGUCCUGAAUUCUAAAGACAAAGCUCCUUAUCUGCUCUAUGUGGAGGUUCUCUUAGUAGAACAGACGCAAACUUGCUCCAUUCCGGCCAAAAUCAGUGCAACGGCAGCUGCUUCUUUAAGGCACACUCGCUCUGAGGAGAACCUUCUCGAUCAUCACCCUCUUCACCACAAUUUGGCCGACUCGAUUGGCCACGGCAGUCUCGUUCCGUCAAUUAAAGAGUCGAUUACGGGAAUCCCCGUCGCCGCUUUCCAGAUUUACGACGACCUUAGCGAUGCCUGGUCACAAGAAGACGACGAAAUCUCGGACCAAUAUCUCCAUCUCAGAUUGUCUCACAAGGAUCGAGGAGAUACUUUGUCUCAGAUGAGCCAAGAUUCUAGUGAUUCUCGAGAAAGAGAACCAAUCUUCAUCCAAGCAUCCGACAUUCGACGAAGAUUGACCGACAGUCUCAACGCUCCCACUAAAUCUUUCCAACGUGAUCCGGAAGAUCCUUCGGCGGCCGCCCUUAAGGAACCGUGGGAGGAAAAAGUGGCACGAAUUCGAGAGUCAUCUCCGUACGGCCAUCACAGCAACUGGAAGCUUUUACCAGCCAUCGUCAAGUGUGGCGAUGAUUUGCGACAAGAACUUUUGGCUUACCAGAUUCUACUUCAAUUGCAUCGGAUAUGGGAAACGGAACGAGUCCCUCUUUGGCUUAGACCUUAUCGGAUUUUGGUGUUAUCCAAUGAUUCCGGAAUGAUCGAGCCCAUAAUCAAUACCGUUUCGCUGCAUCAGAUCAAAAAACACAGCCGUAUGUCACUGUUAGAGUAUCUCUUACGGGAACACGGUCCAACAAACUCCGAGGCGUUUUUGACAGCUCAAAGACACUUUGUGGAAAGCUUGGCAGCAUACAGUUUGGUUUGUUACCUCGUCCAGGUCAAAGAUCGACACAAUGGCAAUAUUUUGUUAGACAAUGAAGGCCACGUUAUUCACAUCGACUUUGGCUUUAUGCUAUCGACAUCACCUAAGAACUUGGGAUUUGAAAAUUCGCCUUUCAAGUUGACGCAAGAGUUUGUGGAUGUGAUGGGUGGCCAGGGAUCCGACAUGUUUGAAUACUUUAAAAUUCUCAUGCUACAAGGCUUGGUAGCGGCACGUAAACACUCGGACAAAAUCAUUUCGUUGGUGGAAAUUAUGCGUUCGGGGUCGCAGUUGCCUUGUUUCAAGGCCGGAGCUGCAACCGUGUCGGCCCUCAAGAGCCGAUUCCACUUAGGGUUGACGGAGGAAGAACUCCAGCUCAAGGUUGACCAUAUGGUCGAAGCUUCCAUGCAUUCGCUCACCACGCGACUCUACGACGGCUUUCAGUAUUUUACCAACGGAAUUCUCUGAAAGCAGAUCAAUUGUUCAUCGUGUUUGUUGUUUUAUCUUUCCCUCCGCCCACCUACUAAAAGAUGAUGGACUCGCCUACGGGAAGAAAAAAAGAAACUCUUGCAACAUUGGGGACCAUCUUUGUUGUCUCUUACGGAUAAGAAAGUUUACACGGCUACCAGAGGAUAUUGGUUGUUUAGUCCUCAUGACUGGGCAUUUCGUCAGAGCGAUUGAUUUCACGAUAAACGAAACAUUUCCUGUUUUAUUGGUUGGUAUUGCCUCCGCCCCGUUAACAUCAUGCACGUCUCAGUUGUGUUAUCGUCUUCGCGGUCACGUUGUGCUCAAUCUUUUUUUGGGGAGGAAAACGGGACGGGUGAGUGGUUUUGAAACUUAACUGCGAGAUUCAUUCAAUGUGUAAACUAAACGUCGCAUUGAAGUGCGGAUCAAGUCACUCUUCGGCAAGUUCCCUUUCAUUCGUCCUUCAAUCAUUUAACCAACGACUCGGCUUGUGUGUGCGUGUGUCUGUAGAUAAGGUCGUGGUGCCGAAGUUUCGGACGUCUUCGUUUACUUUUGUUUUCUUCUUCCUCCUUUGUUUUUUCUUUGCCGCUCGUUAUCUUCUAUGCUGCCUUCUUUCAGUUUCUCGCUUUGCUUCACUACUGUCGUUUUUUUUGUGUGUGCGUGUGGCUUUAUUUUGCAGAGAAGGAAAAGCGCCAUCAUCGGUAGUAACAUUGUCGGCCUGUGAUGAUUACAUUUUCAGACAAACAAUGCAAUUUCAAAUAUUCUGUAUUUUUUUUUUUUCAUAAUCCAACCGUUCCCAGGGCUGCUUAGCCACCAUGAUUUAUGCAGAAAUGUAUUUCAACAACUGCUGAUUCCGAUCUACGGCGUCCAUAUCUGAUAAGGUUUUAUAUCUGAAAUCAACAACGCAGAAAAAGCGCCAUAAUUAUUGUAACGGCUAAUUGCACCGUUGUUGCACUUAUUUCUAAUUAGUCUUUUAAUAUACAUGCGUUCGUUUUU